CGUGUUUGGACCAAUCCUUGCCGAAAACCAUUGCCACACAAAGCUUUAUGACAGACCAUCAAGCUCCCCAAUGGCUUGCACAACUGAGUGAAGGAAAGCCGGCAAGCAUCACUCAAUAGAAAUGCGAAAACUCUUCGCUCGGGAAUGGCUUUGCUACGCCUUUGGACGUGAAAUUCUUCGUUGAAACAUUAAGCCCUUGGGCGGGAUUUUAAUUUCUCUCAUUACUCAAACACUCCCAAAGCAAAACUCGCUCCGUCCCUCCCUCCCUCGCUUCCCAAAAACCGCCCAUCAACGAAAUUUAAUGAAAUCUCGUUUCACGCCCUUCGGCGAAGGCGAACAUUAUGGAUAAUUUAUGCAAUCAUUGUAGACCGAAUCCCCUAGACCGCUCCCCGCUUUGGCAUUCCUGAAGCGAGCGGGAAGAGAGUUUGGGAACGAUUCCCAGUAAUCGUUUCUUUCCGCUGGAUAGGGUUCCUCUGGGCCUGGCACGGGCGCUAUCCGAAAGCGAAGCGGAGCAUUCACAAAGAAUGUUUCUCUGGAGAGUGAGAAAAAAAACGGCUCAUAACGCGUAUCGUGCCUUUCUUGCCAAUGGCUCAUAUAUUAGCCAACUCCUUCGUCAUUCGAGGCAUUCGCCAAAGCACCGAGGCUCAACUCUACCCACCCAGGCAGGCUACAAAACCUUCAGUUAAAUUAUUCAUUGCAAUUAAAUGCUCGUUGAAUCUUUACUCAUUUAGCUUGACGCUUUUUACAGACGUGUGUCAGCGUCAUCUCCCGCUGGUUUUACUUUUAGCUGUUUGGCACAGUUGAUGCCUACUGACACACUAACUUGGACAAUGUUAUUCCGAAAGACUAUUAACAAUAACAGCCUAAUACAUCCCUGUUCGCCAAUUUUCAUUCAAAACAUUCCUUCAUUUGUUAAGGCUUAUUUGUAUACAGAAUGAUUCUUUAUGCAAGAUGUUAAUAUCAAAAACUAUUUCUCACUACUUUCAAUCAUUGCUAUGGGGUAAAAAUAAAGAACCAAUGAGAAACAACAUACAAUUACUCUGCCGAGCAUACAGAACACAUUGCAAGUUCCCACACCGCUAUUCAAAGACAAUGAGUUGUUGAUAAUGAGGUAAGUGAACCUCACAACAACUGCAAGCAAAAUUACCAACAAGCCUAUGAUUAUUGAAGUAUCCUUGAACUGCACAUGCCAAACAAACGGCACUAUAUCGCCGUAAGCCCGAUCAGUUACAGCAAUGCAAAGAUACUGCAAUAUUGUCAUCAUUUGUUGUAAUGAUUUAUUUAUUGAACCUACAACUCGUACUAUCCAUCAGUGGAACCAGCUGGUUCCUUUCCCUUGAAAAAAUGUGCUCUAUACUUGUAGGCCCUUCAAACGAUAGGCUCAUCACUGGUCAAUAUUUGGCCAACAUAAGCCAGCCUGGUUUGUUGAAUAACUAUUAUUACGAAAAUGGAUCGUAUUGGCUGUAUCGUUCCCGCAGUCUUCUUAUAUAUAACCGAUUCACUACUCCAGCUGCAGCAAACAAGUCAAUAGUCAACUCGCCGAAAGUACACAGCAUGAAGCUAUUCCAGAUUGACGAUCCACGUGAGGUCGUCCCGAUCGGUUGCCGGCUGCUGAAGCUAUUCGGUCUGGGGCGUGACGAAAAGCUGAAGCUUCUCUACUGGGUCCAGUGUGUGUUUUAUCUCGUGUUUAGUAUAAUACCACGCGUCUUGGUACAGAUCGACGAUACGAUAAUGUUGCUUCGGUUAGGCUCCGAGCUCGCUUUUGUCUCGUACCUUUACUCCCAAAUUUUGGGCCUGUAUUUUCGACGCAGUUAUCUGUAUCGGCUGGUGGAUUUGCUUCAAACCUGCAUAAACAAACAGUACUCGGAAUCGAUCGAUCAAUUUGUGAUCAAAUCGAAUGCCAAAAUCAACAAACUUUCUGUGACUUGCUGCAAAUAUUUUACAAUUGCGUACGUUCUGUACUGUGCGAUGCCACCGAUAGCAUCGAUCGUUGUGUACGUGCGCAACCAGCGUAACAAGACGGCAGAACCGGAAGAGUUUAUCAUUUCCAGCGAGAUGAAGUGCGUGUGAGGUUUAACAUUACAGUAUCUACUGUUUAUUGAAACCCCUUUUUUU